AUCUGCUUAACACAAGGAAUUAUUUUUAUUCAAACCAUACAGUCUUAAAGCCACAUUGAAUAGUGAAAAUCCAUCUGAGGUAGUUGAAUACGCUUGUCCUAGGGAGUGGCACUAUUAGAGUGGCACUAUUAGAGUGGCACUAUUAGAGUGGCACUAUUAGAGUGGCACUCUUACUUUAAUGAAAAGGAGCAAUCUGAGAAAGAAGAAAUACAAAAUAUAUGGUUCAAGUAUUAAAGGGCACCAAGAAGUAGAAUGGAGCUGAAUCCUAUGUUCAAGGAGAUUGCAGAUUAAGGGAGUUGACUUUGGGGCAAGACCUCACCCAGCUAAGUUUAGGUCCACGAAUGGUGGUUCACACCUUUAAUCCCAGAGCCAUACAGUUUUCUGAGUUCAAGGUCUAUGUACAGAGCAAGUUCCAGGACAGCCAAGGUUAGGCAGUGAGGGAAUUGAAAAAUGGAAAGCUGAUAACAGAAUGCAGGGAUGUGGUGAGGGGCAUGUUGCAGCCUCAGCAAACAGCAGAACUUGGCAGCUUUAGCCAUGAGGCUCUGGCUUUAGAGUCCAGAAUAGAAGAGACUACUGGGACAAUGGAUGCUGGUUAGCUGUAGCUAAGAAAUUAGUGGUGAUUAAGAAGAGACCACUAUCACUGAGGUGUAGGAUGAUGUCACAGGUGAGGCAGGCACAAGAUAGAAGGAGGCCUGUCAUUGGAUGACGAACCUGUCAUUGGAAGGAAGGGCGGGAGAGAAGUUUGAAGGAAGAGGAGGAGACUAGGACAGAAAGGUAGAGACAGGAGAGAGGGAAAGAGAGAAGCUGUGGCAGGACAAUAUGGCAGGUGACGUUAAGAUUCUGCUCUGUGUAUUUACAGGUUGUUAUCAAUGUUCCUAAGGGAUGGAUGGUAUCUUUAUAUGUUUAGGUGGGCAAUCUUAUCAAUUGGGUCAAAGAUGUGUGUGUGUGUGUGUGUGUGUGUGUGGUUUUUUUUCCUUUUUUUCAGAGCUGGGGACCGAACCCAGGGCCUUGCACUUGCUAGGCAAGUGCUCUACCACUGAGCUAAAUCCCCAACCCCAUGUGUUCUUUUAUAUGACGAUUUGAGUGUAACAAAGUGUGCAGCAGCAGGAGACACUGGGCCGCCUCAGAGUUGGAAUGUGUUUCCGCCAAGAUAUCUGGCACAUACCUUGGGGUACCACGGUGCCGGACCUAGCGGGAUAAAAGACAACCCUACUUUAUUUAUUUUUAUAUUUUUACAACAACAGAUGGCGCCCAACUUCAUGAGGAAGCCGCCUGGGCUGGCAGGCUGUAGGUCCCCUACUGUGUAUUAAGUAAUGGCAGCUCAGAGAGUUAGAGAUUAAAAGCUGCUUUUUAAAGAAAGUUGUUUAGAAAGUCUUUCAGGAUACUCAUAUUCUUUUUAACGUGGGCUUCACGGGAAUUUUGGGUUGAAAUCCUAGUUAGACAAGCUAUCUCUUAAUCACAGGUAUUAAAAGGUGAGUAAGUUUGUUUUUAGAAAGAAGAGAGUAAAGAGAUUACCUGAAUCAGGUGGGGAUUUUCAUCCACGGUUCAGAACUCAGAUAGGGAAAAAUUAGUCACUACCUCCAAGUAGAGAGUUGUGAUGAAUGUCUGUAACACCAGGGAGAGUGAAUGCAGGCAUAUAUUGUAGAAGUUAUUAAGGUUAAAGAAAAAAUGUGGCUCCGGGUAGAGAGCUUAACAGAUUGAGAUAUUUUGGGCAAAAGUCCUGGUUUGAUAUGUUGCUUAUUGAUAUUGGAAUUGAUAGAAGGUAUUUGGUUUGUUUUAUGAAUUACCCUGCUAAAGGCCAUAUGGUUGAUGCCGGCUAGCGAGGGUUUGUGGUUACUUUUGAUAUUUGCCACAACAGGAAGCUCAGAUUCUCUUAAUGUGGGCUCCACGGGAAUUUUGGGUUCAUUUCCUGAUAACACAGAGUACAAAAGCCUAUCAGGCUCAUUGUUUAGCUUACUUCCUUUUUAAAAAAUUGUUUAGUCUUCAUAAUGGGUGUGACUUUGAGUUUUAUGGUUAUAUUAUUACUCUGGGAGAGAGUUCAAGAUACAAACUUUUCUGGUUUCAUACUAAGGAACACAGUAUUUUGGAAGAAAGAUUUUGUCUUUGUGUUUUUAAAAAGUGUGCUUAGGGCCUUUCCGCCGGGGCAGCCAUCUUCCAGUAAGUCGCCAAAAUGACGAACACAAAAGGAAAGAGGAGGGGUACUCGGUAUAUGUUCUCUAGACCUUUUAGGAAACAUGGAGUCGUUCCUUUGGCCACAUACAUGCGAAUCUACAAGAAGGGUGAUAUUGUAGACAUCAAGGGAAUGGGCACUGUUCAAAAAGGAAUGCCCCAGAAGUGUUACCACGGCAAAACUGGAAGAGUCUACAAUGUCACCCAGCAUGCCGUGGGCAUCAUUGUAAACAAGCAAGUUAAAGGCAAGAUUCUGGCCAAGAUGAUCAAUGUGCGGAUUGAGCACAUCAAGCAGUCGAAGAGCAGAGACAGCUUCCUGAAUCGGGUGAAGGAGAACGAUCAGAAGAAAGAGGAAGCCAAAGAGAAGGGCACCUGGGUUCAGCUGAAGUGCCAGCCGGCGCCACCCAGAGAAGCGCACUUUGUGAGGACUAACGGGAAGGAGCCUGAGCUGCUGGAGCCCAGUCCAUACGGACUCAUGGCCUAAUGGACACAAAGGAAAUAAAGGACCCGGACUGCAAAAAAAAAAAAAAAAAAAAAAAAAAAAAAAAAAAAAGUGUGAUUAGGCUCUGGAAACCUCACAGAGUCAUACCAAUAAGAUUUGAUAGACCGCCUGAAAAACUGAUUCAGGAGAAUCAAACAAAAAGAUAUCUCAAUUCUAAACUUUUGUCUUGAGAGUUGUAUUUUGCAGAAUGUGCCUACUUGGAUUCCUGAUCCCAAGGACUUUCAGCUGGGUUCAGUCAGGACACAUCAGCUACAGAAUUUGCUUCAUUCUUCCUACCUCCUACCCCCAAGGAUAUCUCAACGCCCAUGUACAGCUUGAAGAAGUUAUGGAGGAGUCGUCGCCCCAAUUCCCUGGACUUUGGGGGGGGGGGGGGGCUGAAAGUGGUUAUUCUAAAGUUUUUAUGAGGAAUUUAAAAUUGGUUGCAAUUUAACAGGGAGGAAUUAGCUAGAUUGAAUUGUACAGCCAUAAUCUCAUUUGGUAACUAAGCUUAAAUCAUAUCUUUGUUUGGGUACAGAAUUUAUUUGUCAAAAAAGUUUAAAAGUACAAGCCAGUCCUUCUGUUGUUGUCAUUACAAACUUCUGAGAUGAUUACACCUGUGAGUUAAGAUUCAAAUAGCAAAGUCAUGGUUCUGAGUUUGGGAGAGUACUUUCAAGAUAAAAUUUAGGAUAUGGAGACAACAGUUCAGAUUACCUUAUAUAGAUAGAUGUUUUUUUAAAAUGUCAGGUAUUCACAAAAUUUGAGACUUUAAGAGUUAUUUAUCUUUUUUUUUGGAAGCUGGGGACUGAACCAGGGCCUUGCGUUUGCUAGGCAAGCGCUCUACCCAACCCCAAGUUAUUUAUCUUUUGUUGAGACAUAUCUGCUCCUAACAGUUCCCCUUUGGCGGAUUUAAUGAAGAAUGUGAACAUCUCUACCUCCAGGUGAGGUGAUACUUUGUGACUAGGCAGCCACUGGACAAAACUGCCUGUUUCAUCUGCAGACUAAUACUGUCCAGGAAAGGACAAAUUAUGCAGAAUAGUUGACUGAUAAACCCUGCCAAAACAGGGUGAUCAGCCCUUCGAAAUCUGCAUUUCAAGAGUCUGUCAGUUGAUUUUGGGCCAGAAGGCUGAAGACUUGUGCUUACGUGUUGCUAACAGUGGACUGUGCUAGUGGAGUUUUGUCUCUACAACCUCUCAGUUCUGGAAGCCAUGUUAGGCUUUCUAUGUGUAUAGAUAUUUGGUCAUUCCCAGAUUUCUGACGGGGUUGAAGACAUUAUAGUCUCAUAGUCUAUCAGGCUGUUUAACUCUAAAUAUACAUAUUUUAUUGGAUUAUAAUACAGAUUUUAAGCCCUUCUUAACCUGGAAUGGAUAACUAAAUGCUCUGUUUAACUGAUAUAGUGUUGGACUGGGUGUUAGAUAUAGUUUGUGCUCUUAAUUACAAAAUGAUAAUAGUUGUGCUCAGCUUAUAUUUGAGAGAAAAGUUUUUUUUUUUUAAUUAGACAAAAAGGGUGAAAUGUAGGAUGAUGUCAUAGGUGAGGCAGGCACAAGAUAGAAGGAGGCCUGUCACUGGAUGAGAAGGAAGGAUGGGCCGCAAAGAGAUUUGAAGGAAGGGGAGGAGACUGGGACAGAAAGGAGGAAGAGACAAGAGGGAGAGGGAAAGAAGCCAUGGCAGGGGAUGUUAAGAUUCUGCUCUGUGUAUUUACAGGUUGUUAUUAAUGUUCUUAAGAGAUGGAUGGUACUGGGCUAUGUAUGUUUAGGUGGGCAAUUAUAUCUUACCAAUUGGAUCUAAGAUUAUUGUGCUGUGUGUUCUUUUAUGUGACGGUUUGAGUGUAGGAAAGUGUGAGGUGGCAGGAGACACUGGGCCUCCAUGGAGUUGGGAUGUAUUUCCGCCAAGAUAUCUAGCAGAUAUCUCGGGGCACCGCGGUGCUGGAUCUAGCGAGGUAAAACAAUACUUAUAUUAUUUUUAUAUUUUUACAACAACACUGAAGUAAACUCUGGGAAGUGUUUUUUGAGAGCACAAAGAAGUUGUGUUCAUAUUCCAAGAUUUACCUCAUGCUGCAGCUGGACUUGGUAAUGUUAAGAGUCACCCAGGUGAUACUGGUUUUGAAGGCAUGAGGCGUCGUGAAGACCAGCUGAGGAUUGAGAGAGGCCAUGGAAGGCCAUUGGUGAAGGUGCAGCCUGAGUUGCAGUAGGUGGCCCAGGACUAAAGGGGUCAUGCAGAGGAGUUGAGGCUUGGCACCAUGAAGGGAGCCUAUGAGAGGCUACUGGUGAAGCCUAGAUGCAGUUAAAGACCCCAGAGUAUUGGAGAUGCCAGUACCAUGGGAUGAUCACCAAGGACAGCAGCAGCAGUGGAGUGGAUCAA